CUUUUCUUACGUAUUCUCCCUGCAACACACACAUAUUCCAUUUUCUCACAAAAACAUUAUCUUUUUCAAUUUUCCUGGAAAAGUUCCACACCUCAUUUCCCCUACAUAAAUAAUCCCUUGCCUUCUAAUUUCCUUCUUUAUUUUUGGUUUUGCAUCAAGGUCUUAUCUUUCUAGCUGAAACUGAGCCUGCCUAUUAUUCUGUUUCUCUCUCAACUGGGAUUUCUUAAUACUUCGUUAAGGGCUGACAGCUUCUAGUUUUGAGGUGGUAAAGAUAAUAUAUAUUUUUUCUAUUCCCAUUUUGGUAUCUGGGUUUUAAUUCUUUUUAGGUGUCUAAGAGCUUUUGUUUUGGUGUGCUUGUCAUAUCUGCUGUAUUUGAACUGGUUUUUGAAUCUUUAUUCAUAUUAAAAGUUGUAAAAAGUUUUUAAGUGUUUUAAGGUCUUUUUGGUGGUGGGAGGUUGCUUGUGGUUUUAGCUACUGGGGUUGAGCUUUUUUAAACUUGUGUAAGAAGUUAGUUCAGGACCAGGGUAGGGAUUUGUUUUCUUGGUCAGGGUUUCUGGAUUGAGUCACGUAAUAUAGUUGGGGUUGGAUUUGCAAUGGGGAAGCAUAGUGGAAAGCACAAGAAGCAAAUAGGGGAUAAUAAUGUGAAGCAAAAGAAAGUUGGAGACAAUAGUUCGAAAUCAUAUGAUUCAGACACGGCAGUUUUCAUUGCCAUGUCUCAAGAACUGAAAGAAGAGGGGAACAAACUGUUUCAGAAAAGGGACCAUGAAGGAGCAAUGUUGACAUAUGAGAAGGCUCUCAAAUUGCUUCCAAAGAAUCACAUAGAUGUAUGCCAUCUUAGGACUAAUAUUGCUGCAUGUUAUAUGCAGAUGGGAUUAAGUGAGUACCCCAAGGCUAUCCAUGAGUGUGAUUUGGCAUUAGAGGUUACUCCCAAGUAUAGCAAGGCACUUGUAAAGAGAGCCAGGUGUUACGAAUCUUUGAAUAGGCUGGAAUUAGCUCUCAGAGAUGUUAAUACAGUUCUUAACAUGGAGCCUAAUAAUGUCAUGGCAUUAGAGAUUUCAGAAAGGGUAAGAAGCUCACUUGAGAAAGAAGGUUUACCUGUUGAAUUGCCUCUAGAGUCCGUUGAACCUCCAAGUACUUCGAAAACUCCGAAAGUUGUCAAAGAGAAAACCAAGAAGAAGAUCAGCAAAGCUAAAGAAUCUGUUGAACGUCCAAAGGGUUCAUUAAUUUCGGAAGUUGUCCAAGAGAAAACAGAGAAGAAGAACAAGAAAAAGAUCAGUAAAGCUGAAGAAUCUGUUGAACCUCCAAGGGAUUCACAAAUUCCGGAAGUUGUCGAAGAGAAAACCGAGAAGAAGAACAAGAAGAAGAUCAGUAAAGCUAAAGAUAACAAGGCUGCGGAUCGAAUUGAGGAGAAGGAGGUUGAUGGAAAUGUAGAGGAAAAGAAGGCUGAGGAUAAACUGGUUAUAGAGGAGAAAAUUAGCAGUAAAGCGGAAGAACCAAAGAAGACUGUCAAGUUGAUUUUGGGUGAAGAUAUAAGAUGCGCUCAGUUACCACUUAAUUGCAGCCUUCUGGAACUAAGGGAAGUAAUUCAUGAUCGAUUUCCUAGUUUGAGAGCAGUUCUUGUCAAAUACAGAGAUGAAGAAGGUGAUUUAGUCACAAUCACCAGUGAUGAAGAGUUGAAAUUGGCUGAAAUAUCAGCAGAAUCCCAGGGUUCUGUGAGGCUGUAUGUUGUAGAAGUCAAUCCUGAGCAGGAUCCACUCUUCGAGAGAUUUAAGCAUGAGGAAGUUCACAUUCUUGACAUCAAACAAGGUAAGGCAACUGAAAAUGGCCAUGCCAGAAAAGUUGUGGAAACCAGAAAAGAAUCGUGUUGCAUUGAUGACUGGAUAAUUGAGUUUGCUCAACUAUUCAAGAACUAUGUUGGGUUUGAUUUAGACGCAUACUUGAAUCUCCAUGAGCUUGGUAUGAAGCAAUAUUCUGAGGCCAUGGAGGACAUAGUUACAAGUGAAGAGGCACAGGAUCUUUUCGACAUGGCAGCUGAGAAAUUCCAAGAGAUGACAGCAUUAGCAUUGUUCAACUGGGGAAAUGUUCACAUGUCCAGGGCAAGGAAGAGGGUAUACUUCCCUGAAGAUGGUUCGAGAGAAUCUGUACUUAAGCCGAUCAAAACAACCUAUGAUUAUGCACAAUUAGAAUAUAGCAAAGCUGGUAAGAGAUAUGAGGAAGCACUGAGAAUCAAGCCAGAUUUCUAUGAAGCUCAUCUAGCUCUAGCACAACAACAGUUUGAGCAGGCAAAACUUUCUUGGUAUUAUGCAAUUGGCAACAAUGUUGAUAUGGAAACAUGGCCUUCUGAGAAGGUCUUGCACCUUUAUAACAAUGCCGAGGAAAAUAUGGAGAAGGGUAUGCAGAUGUGGGAAGAGUUAGAACAGCAGCGCCUGCUUGAGCUUUCUGAUUUGAAGGAUGAACAAAAGCAGUUGAAGAAAAUGGGAUUGGAUGGUUUACUGAAAGAUAUAACAGCAGAUGAAGCAGCAGAGCAGGCAAUCAACAUGAGUGCUCUGAUAAACAUUUUAUGGGGCACCAUACUUUACGAACGUUCGAACAUGGAAUUUAAACUAGGGCUACCUGUCUGGCAUGAAUGUUUGGAGGUUGCUGUUGAGAAGUUUGAGCAUGCUGGAGCUUCUCCCACUGAUGUAGCUGUUAUGGUAAAGAACCACUGUUCAAAUAACAUUGCUUUGGAAGGUUUAGGGUUUAAGAUUGACGAGAUAAUACAGGCAUGGAAUGAGAUGUAUGAAGCUAAAAAGUGGCAGAGCAAGAUUCCAUUAUGGCGACUAGAACCAUUACUUAGACGGCGAGUUUCCAAAAUUUAUCAUGCACUGGAGCAUGCAUAAGUUCCGUACUGUUUUGAUUGGGAUUUACAGGAGAACGUUUGGUCAAAAGACCAUUGUUAAAUGCUUCAUAUUAUCUGAAGUGAUAUGAAGUACUGCAUUAAAGUUAGGUUUUCUUGCCAUUAUCUUUUACAUCAAGUAUCAGUCUUGAUAUUUCAGAUUCAAUGGAGAGACUAUUGGAUUGCUGAGAGUUGUGUGAUGUGAUUUUGAAGAAAUAGGUUCAAUUUACAUCAAUACAUGUGUUGGGGAGGAGUUGAAGCAUGAGAGCAGGGAUCCGAUGUUUUUUUUAUGCUUUCUGCUUUGGUCUUCAUCAGCUUCUCCCCUCAAAACAAGUAGGAAAAAAACAUGCCGAGUUCAUUAGUUAGAAUAGUUACCUGAUUGAUUUGUUAUUACUAGCUGCAUGUGUCUUAUUCUGGUUUCAAGCAUAGGCAGUGUUCAUUAAGGAGGACGAGUUUUGUGUUCGGUUGAUGAUGAUCCUAGAUUUGGUGCUUGUAUUACUAUAAGGGAUUUAAGGAUUGUGAAUUUUUAUUUAUUUAUUUUUGAAAUAGCAAGGAUUGUGAACUUAUUUUCA